GCUGGGCGAUCGACACCAGCUCAGCAUCAUCAGCUUACCGCCUGCUGCUUCUAGGGAAUAAACGCUGAAUAGUUUUCCUGAGAGACGUCUGCUGGAGAAACAGUCAGUGCAGGGAUGUCUCAGCUGUCUGUCCUGCUGCCUCUCACAGGCCUUUUCUUCCUGAUCUCCUCGACGUCUGGCUCCGAAUCCAGCGUGCCAUACCCGGUGGCCUGUGUGACCCGUGGAGUGGACCUGAUGGAGGACGGCGUAGUGGUUUUGUGUCCUCCAGACUGCAGCCAGUGGAGGGUGUUUGGGACGGGGAUCUACGCCUCCGUGUCCUCCGUCUGUGCAGCUGCUGUCCACAGGGGGGUGCUGGGUCCGUCCGGCGGCCCCGUCAGGGUUCACAAGCUGCAGGGACGACACAACUACAUGAGCUCCCACGCCAACGGCAUCCAAUCAGAGGCCCUGUCCCACUGGUCCACCUCCUUCAGCCUCACCAAGCCUGUUAGCGUUCCACUGGAGUUGACCAGUGACACCAAUACCACAGGUCUGCCUGCAGCCGCACAACCAGCAAAGAAACCUCUGAAGAAGCCAUCAGUGAAGAAAGCUCUGACAGGCGGAAAUAAAGACUGUCAGAUGGACAUCGCCAUGGUGAUCGACAGUAGUAACAACAUCGGGCGGCGGCGGUUCAACCUGCAGAAGAACUUUAUCAUCAAACUGGCGGCCAUGUUGAGAGUCGGAUCAACAGGACCGCAUAUAGGGCUGAUCCAGGCCAGUGACUCUCCCAGGACGGAGUUCUUACUGACGAACUACACUCAGCCUAAAGAGCUGCUGUUUGCCAUCAAGGAGCUGGCCUACCUGGGAGGAGACACCAACACAGGUAAAGCCAUCAUGCACACGGCAGAGACCUUCUACACCCAGGAGAACGGGGGGAGGCGGGGUCACCCCCGGGUGAUGAUGGUGCUGAUCGAUGGCUGGCCGUCUGACGACCUGGAGCAGGCGGCCACGUUCGCCAGAGAGUCUGGCAUCAACGUGUUCCUGGUGUCUGUGGCCAAACCGGCGCCCGAGGAGCUCAACAUGGUGCGAGACAAGGAAUUCAUGAAGAAGGCGGUGUGUAAAGAUAACGGUUUCUUCAGUUAUUUGAUCCCCAGCUGGUUCAGCACCAACAAACACGUCAAACCUCUCAGUCAGAGACUCUGCUCGCUGGACGGCCUGCUCUGCAGUAAAACCUGUUACAACUCGGUGAACAUCGGGUUCCUCAUCGACGGCUCAUCCAGCGUCGGAGAUGGAAACUUCCAGCUGGUCCUGGACUUCCUGGCAGGCAUCGCGAGAGGCUUUGACAUCUCAGACGUGGGCUCACACAUCGGUGCGGUGCAGUUCACCUACGACCAGCGGCUCGAGUUCGGCCUGUUUGACCACUCCACCAAAGAGGAAGCCAUCAACGCUCUGAAGAGGAUCCCGUACAUGAGCGGAGGAACGGCCACUGGAGGAGCCAUCAGCUACACCACCCAGAACCUGUUCAGGCGGACAGGACCAGGCCGCAACUUCCUCAUCGUGGUGACAGAUGGCCAAUCAUAUGACGACGUCAGAGGCCCGGCGCUAGCUGCACAGAAACAAGGUGCGUUUAAAAAUAAAAGGAAAAAGAGCAGUUCAGUUCGUUCAGUUGUUGCUGAAAUCUGCAUCACCCAUUUCUCCCAAUCACUAGGCAUCACCAUGUACUCAGUGGGCGUGGCCUGGGCACCCAUGGAUGACCUCAAAGCAAUGUCAUCGGAGCCGAAGGGCAGUCACACCUUCUUCACCAGAGAGUUCACCGGCCUCGCCGAGUUAGCUCCUGCGCUGGUCCGAGGCAUCUGCCGAGACUUCACAGAGAACAACUAAGAACACACGUGUCGGUACUUCUAUACUUGCGAAGACUUUACAAAAUGUCCUCAUUUUGAAGGUAGAGAAACAGGUCCCCACAAAGAUAGAAGCACACAAGUUCACACACACACUGUAUAUAUACUGUAAACAUAUACCUACUAAUACUGAUAAAUACACAUGUAUAUAAAGACACAACAUAAAAAGUCACGCAUAUAUACCAAAUUAUUUUUUUUCUAUUUAAUGAAGGAGAAGUUGGGAAAUCACCAAUCAUCAUCAAUAGAAACCAAAAUCAUUCACUAAACAAUCCACUGUCAGUGUGUUUGAUUCUGUAAUCGGAUUUAUUACAGCCUAUAUAAAGUACAACACAAAGUAUAUAUUUGUAUUGUGAACAACUUGUAAAAACAUUGCUAAUGUCAUAUUAGCCAGAUGAAUUGAUAUUAUUAAUUUCAACCCAGCUAACUUUAAAAAGGAACCAUAAACAGCACUCCUGCAAUUGGCAGAGGCGCUAGCUUUGUACUGCAGGGUUCAUUCAAAGCUAAGUAAGCUAAUUUAUAUAACAUAGAUGCUAACUAGACAGUGUAGUCCCUCAUUCGUCCAGCAGUGGUCCAUCGUAGAAAAGGUUUCAGUCGUAGUCGUCUGGUCGCUGUUUUCAGAAUC